ACAGGCCGAGGUUGACGUGAUGCCACCCUUUUGGCGGUAAUUCACAGCAUGCCACCCUGCCUAUUCGGGUUUCACAUAAUACUUUACAACACAUCUCUCGACAAAGGGAAAGGGGAAAACGUACAGGGAGAUGGUGGUAGUAGUAUUAGGCAAAGUAAUACUAAAAAAAAAAAAAAAGAAGAAGCAGAAAAAAAGAAAAAGAAAAAAAAAGAAUCCGCGAACGAACUCCUCGAGGGACAGUAUAGCAACUAUGCUAACGCCACACACAUACCCUAACAGCUUAAGCCAGUAUUAUUGGGACUGCCCUGG